AUGGCGCUUGUCCUCCGCCGGGUAUUCGAUGGCUAUCGUUGUUUUAUGACAGAGUAUCGAGAUGCCAGAAGCAUUGAACUACCUUUGGCGGGCUCACCAUGGCCCGUUAUAUCGAUAGUGUCCAUUUAUUUGUUUGUGGUUCUUAAACUGGGACCCGAAUUGAUGCAGCACCGGAAAGCGUUUGAUCUUAAACAUUUAAUUCGGGCUUACAACGCAGUACAGGUGAUAGCCAAUGGGGCACUGUUCCUGAUAAUUGUCUACCUCUUAUCGAUUAGAAAAAAUUUCUCCUACCUCUGCCAGCCAGUUAACUACACGCAGUCUCGUGAAGGCUAUGAGGAGAUGUUUAUGGCUUAUUGCUACUUUCUUCUAAAAGUGUUAGAUCUUGCAGAUACAGUAUUUUUCGUGCUUCGUAAGAAACAAUCGCACGUUUCCUUCCUACACGUGUACCAUCAUGCCGUCAUGGUAUUGGUAACCUAUUUGGCGUUUAUUUUUGUACCAGGAGGACAAACCGUCAUGUUGGGCAUUUGGAAUACGUUAGUUCACGCGGUAAUGUACUUCUACUACUUCGUCGCAUCCUACGGCAAUCAAUAUUCCAUCUGGUGGAAAAAGUACAUAACCCUUCUGCAAUUGGUGCAGUUCGUCCAUCUGGGCCUUCAUUUCGGAAUUCCGGCACUGUUCGGUAUGAACUGUGGAUUUCCCCGUUUCUGGCUCUGGAUCGGCUUUCUGCAGGCCGCAUUCAUACUCACCAUGUUUGCCGACUUUUACGUCCAAUCGUAUGUGAAAAAACGAAAAUUAAACCAUAAGGCCUAA